AUGAAAGCAGGUAGUACUGCAGCAGGAAUCAUUCGAGGCUGGUUACCGUCUCUUCGGCUCAUAACACGAUUAUCCUCAAUAUAUGGCACAGGUGUCAGCGAGCAGCCCAAAGCAGCCGUACAAAGAUCUCGAUGGAUAAUACUUACGAGAUGUGCUAUACAUAUACUUCCGAUUGCUGUCUCAACUGUUUUGAUCAGCCUCAACCUCUGCAAUACUUAUCUGGGCCGAACCCUCCCCGGCGCCAUAAUUGACCCAGCCAUCAAUCUCGCAUUGCUGCAGAUUGCAGCCAAGAUACAUGAGCUUCUCAUCGUAGCAAGCGUCGCCACCGUUGUGCUACAUUAUAUUCGCCGACAGCUUGUUUAUGGACAGGGUUUACCUCUCGGUCUGUUGAUGGGAGGGUUCAUGUUCUCCGGACUCGGCUAUUUCUGGUCACCGGAGCUAACCGGUUCAUUGUUCGCCAGAUAUGCCUUGAGCUCGAAAAUAAAAAUCCUUGUUAUCCUCAUCUUUGCCGGUCUCUUUGCCACCUUGUCUGGUCCUGCUUCAGCAGUGCUAUUGAUUCCAGAGGAGCAACCGUGGAAUGCUGGUUGUUCGGUGUACUAUCUUCCAGCCACAACCGGAGACCUAUGGCCGACAGUAAUCAACUCUUCAAAUAACAUGCAGCAAAAGCUAUGCUCGGAAAUUCAACUUGAGCAUGGGCUUUGCGCGGCGGGAGGAUAUUCGUCACUCUGGAGGUCCAAAGAUCUGAUCGACAUGUUCAGGAGGCCUGCAUACAUUCCCAGCAGCCGGCGUAACCUAACAACCGACCUUAUUUUUGGGCCAAGAGGAGUCGACAUCACCAAUAACUUCGAGAUGAUUAGAGGCUUGAGAUACUCUGGCAGUCUCCGCGGUUAUGCUUGUGAGACUGCGAUGGUUGGUACACGCAUCGUGGACGCUAUGUAUCAUAAACAACUCCUUCAGGAUUGGUCACGAGAGGUCAUGUCGAUUGGCUUGAAUUCAAGAAGCAACAGCCCUGCGGAGUCAAAUUACAAGUACUAUCGCAGUCUGACAGCGACAACAUCUUCUCGAAUUCCCGCAGUCCGAGUGUCGUGCACACCAGCACAAAAUAUGUCUUCUCAAUCUGGGCAAAUAGAGUUGCCGAUACUCAACGAAGAGGGCUGCUCACCGUCUGCAAGCAGAACUACGUCUGUCCCGAGAGACUGGCUCAAUGACUCGCUGCUCCACCAAUUCCGAGCCUUCUGGAACGAUAAAACAGCUGAUCUUGGCUCUACAAGUGGGACAAUCGUGGUCGAACUGCCUACAGACAGAGAUUCUGAGCUCAUUGCGGUUGUUGGCUGCUCGGUUGAAGCAAGAUGGGCAGAUGGGAGCACAAUCACAAGUGACUUACGGUCAUAUGCGACAUCGUCCAACCUCAAUCUGCACUUCCACGCUCCUGUUAGCCUUGGUCCGAUUUUCAAGGGUCCUUCGACUGGUUUGGGCCAACAAUCGUAUUCCGAAUUUCGUCCGGUCUUGUCGAACCCAACCUCCACCAGGAUCUCGUUGAGUCACGACUGGCUCUUCGAUGCAGCCACUUCGAACAGUUCAGCACCAACAGAUGCCGGAGGAUGGACGGCAGAUAAGUUUGGCAACUUUUUAGGUAACUCAAGUCUCUUCGAAGACGUUCUACGGUCCUCGGGCCCGUCUUCUAUCGAAAUUUGGAAUGAGGAUACCCCCGGUCUCACCAAUCGAACAGUCGCUUUGGAAUGGACACUAGCGCUGAUAGUUACAGACGCCUUGUCCCGGACGGGGAGUGAGCUUAUUCUCGACACCACAGGCCCUGUCUCGUCCUGGUCAAUCAAGGAAUAUGACAGAGUACCUGACUUCCAGGCAGAGCUGUUUCGUGGCGGGCGUGCUCUCAAACGCCCGGAAAACAGCAACCCCAUGACAGAAGGGAAGCUGGAAAUCACGAUAGGUGGCUAUUCGUAUCAGGCGACCUCGCUGACAAGCUACCUGGCAAUAGCGUUGCUUGCUUUGCAUAUGCUGGUUGCACUCAGUCACAUCAUUUUCCUCUUCAGCAGUGGUGAAUCUUCGAGUGCAUGGGAGUCAUUCUCGGAGCUGCUGGUACUUGCACAAAACUCGCGUCCGGCACCCAUCGCUCUGAGGCACACAAACGCAGGGAUCAAGUGGAUGAGGACAUACUCUCGGAUGGCCAGAGUAUAUUCUGUAACCCCGUGGGAUACAAUGGGCGAAAGUGGUCAGCGCAGUAACGUGGAGUUGAUGUUUGACCAGGACGAGGAGGAUGACGUGGGUGAUGCCAACUCCAAGAACACUAUUCAGAUGCCUCGAGUUCAGUGGAGAAAGGAGAACACCCUUGUUGUGUUAGGAAAUGUCAAGCCUAAUACCAUGUACGGCCACCCGGAUGAUAAUAAUGUCAGGAAAAGGACUUCUUCCACAUGGGCUACCGUCUAG